AUGAUCAAAGACUUAGAAACCACGUGGGUAGUACCAGGGCACACGGAGAGAAGGCAUGUCUUCCGGGAGUCAGAUGACUUGAUUGGGCAGAAAGUGGGCCAUGCCCUAGCAGAGAGACUUGUAGUGAUCUCCUGCAUUGGGGAGAAGUUAGACAAAAAGGAAGCUGGCAUCACCAAGAAGGUUGUUUUUGAACAAACCAAGGUCAUCGCAGGCAAUGAGAAGAAUUGGAACAAAGUCGUCCUGGAAUAUGAGCCUGUGUGGGCCAUUGGUAUUGGCAAGAUGGCAUCACCUCAGCAGGCUCAGGAAGUACAUGAGAAGCUCGAGGGAUGGCUGAAAUCCAAUGUCUCUGAUGCAGUAGCUCAUGGCACCGGAUUCAUUUGUGGAGGUUCUGUGACUGGAACAGCCUACAAAGAGCUGGCAAGCCAGCCUGAUAUGGACAGCUUCCUGUGGGUGGUGCUUCUCUGA